GUGAAGGAUGUGUGGCAAAAUAACCUCGAGGAUGAAAUCCGCACUCUCCAAUCCCUUGUUUCCAGCUAUCCCUACAUUGCUGUGAGCGUGGAAUACCCCGGUGUGAUUGCCAAGCCCCUGGGAACCUUUAAGAAUGCGGCUGAUCACAUCUUCCAAACUUUGGUGGCGAACAUCAACAUGCAACCGCUCACCAUCAGCUUGGCUUUUUUUGAUCACAACGGCAAUCGUCCUCCGGGCACCUGCUGUUGGAUCUUCAACUUUCAUCACAGUACCAAAACUGAUUUCUCACUGCCCAACUACCCACUGCGGCCCAUGUCCCUCCUGAGUCGGAUCGAGACGGAUGGCAUCGCCUUCAACCACUUUGCCGAGGUCUUGACCACCAGUGGCUUGGUAAUGAACCCAGACACGACCUGGCUGUCAUCUUCCAUUGGAGACGACUAUGCCUUUUUGAUGAAGAUCUUGCUGGGCGAUCUUUUGCCGCGCCGGGAGCAAGAUUUCUAUGAGUUGCUCGCCAUCUUCUUCCCAGUCCUCUAUGACCUGAGAUAUCUCAUGAAGUCCUGCAAAACACUCGCCGGCUCUCUGGAGGACGUGGCUGCCAGUCUUUCGGUGAGCCGCAUCGGCCCGCCGUCAUCGAGUGGCUCAACAGCCAUUCUCAUUGGCUCCGUUUUCUUCGUGAUGCGCAAGGUAUUCUUG